GUUGGUUAGGUUGCCACUAGUUAAUCUUCUUGGUGCGUCCAGUGAAUUGAGGCUCGAAAGGAGGGUAUUGGUAGAAACUAUACAUUUCCCAAAGAUUAUUUAGUUUACUUGAAGGGAGGAACGAGAUGAAGAGUGUAGUCACUGUAGUGACAGUGGCAAAGGCCACAAGAGGAAGCAGAGGAGCGUUUGUUUACAUAUCUGAAGCUGCUGCCAGUGUUGUGUACUGCAUGCUCUUCUCGCCGUAGAUGAUUUACAUACGGAGAACCGGGAUGGAUAUGAAGCCAUCCCAACUUGGCUGACUCUACUAAUCCCGGGCAAGUUCCAGAUAUCUGGAGCGGGUGUUCCUUGUUCCGCGUAUCAUGGAUUACUGAACAAGAUUUUCUGGAUGUAGCUUUUUAUAUGAGAAGAUAUUGGGGACAUUUUAUCAGCUAAGACUUCAAAAUGGAUGAUGCUCCCAUCAUAUAUGGUCUUGAAGAUUUUCAAGCCCGAGCCCUCGCUGCCCAUUCUGCUGAAACAGAAAAGAUUAAUUUCCUUGUUGGAACACAAUCCUUGAGAAGAACUAACCAGGUACAGCUAAUUGAGUUUGAUGAUGACACAAGCCUGGUCACCAAGCAGACAUUUGAGCAUCCAGCAGGGGAAGUGUGGAGGAUUGUUGCUGCCCCACAAAGCACAGAUAUGAUAGCAACUGUGUAUAAUAACACCCAAGAUUAUUGUGGUGAAUUUGGAGCAGCAAUCUGGAGACUUUCCCUUGAAGGAUCUUCCUCUGGAUCACUUGAUGAUUCAAGAUCUGGUGGUGAACAGGUAGAAAAGUUAUGUAGUUUAAAUGGUGCCUCAGAUGUGGAUGCACAGAUCCCAGGCUCUCCAGUGCCUGGACUGGGCUCCCAGGCCUGGUCUGUGGUAUGGGCACCAGAAAAUGAUUCUCACCUUGUCACACUUGUUGACAACCACAUCUUCUAUUGGGAUGUUGAAGCUGCUGGAAGAUCAGCAAAGAUCAUAGGAAAUGUUACUGUAGAAGGUCGUGGUACUGUGAGUUUGGGAAGUGGUCGGUGGUACCCUCAUCAGCAUGGCUCUCAGGUGGCAGCAACUCAUGGGUCAAGUGUGCGGGCUUGGGACAUGCGAACCAUGAAACCAACAUGGUGUGUGGAGGGAGCACACACACAGUUAGUAAGGGACUUGGACUUCAAUCCAAACAUGCAGUAUUAUCUUGCAACAUGUGGGGAUGACUGCAAAACAAAAUUCUGGGAUAUCAGAAAUACAGACCAACCACUUAAAGAACUUUGUGAUCACUCUCAUUGGGUUUGGAGUGUACGAUACAAUGCUUCCUAUGAUCAGUUGGUAUUGACAUGCUCCAGUGAUCAGCGAAUAAUAUUGUCAAACCUGCCUUCCAUUGCAUCACAGCCUUUUGGCACCAUGGUGGACCAGGAAGACAUCACCAAAGAGGACAAGGAGAAGGUUGAAGGUACUGAGGAGGGUGUGAUCCAGACAUAUGAUGAUCAUGAGGACUCUGUAUAUGCAGUGGAGUGGUCAGCGGCUGACUUCUGGACGUUUGCUUCACUUAGUUAUGAUGGUAGACUAGUUAUCAAUAAGGUUCCAAGGAGUGUGAAAUAUAAGCAGUUUAUGUAAGUAUAUAUACUGUAUUAACUAAGAGUAAAUGUAUUUCUUUUCAACACAGCAGAAAUGUAAUCUAAAGUUAGUGCAACAGAAAAUAAAUAUACGGUCACGUCUUG